UCUCUUUCUCUCGUCUACUUUUCCAUCCAUCGGAGAAGGCAGGCGGACGGGUUCCAUGGGAGGAACUGGAACUCCAACAAGUUAACUCCCCUUCCAUGUGUAGCAGCAGGCACCUCGCCGGUUUUUUCAGGAUCGGCCGAUGGUUCUGCGAUUGGGUCCUCCGUUAGCAGGGAAGGGGAAUUUUUCUCUCUCUAUUAGUUUCGCUGGUUAUACGGAGUUUUAUAUUAUUAGGUUUAUAUUAUAAUAAUUAUAUGUGCAAAUGAUAGAUUUUUGAACCUCCUAACUGCAAAACAAUUCGGUUUUGGUCCGGUUUAUGGUCUUAUUUCGGAAUAGCUGCCAAGCUCUUCUAGUUCGAGUCGGAUUAGGGCCCCCUCCGUUUCCGAUUAGGAGCUUACCGGAGCAGCAACUGCAUAUAAAUAAGACAGAGCAAUCUCGACAGACAAAUAAUACAAACGCGCAUCGGUUUUCUCCCAAGAAUCACCAGUGAGAUUCGAAGUGCAGAAGACCCAUUGGGUUCGUCAUGGAGCUACAUAAUAAUGAUUCGCCUUGCCAACAAUCAGAGGAGGAAGACAGACUCAGUGCACUGACUGAUGAUAUUUUGCUGUAUAUCUUGAUGAGAUCUGGCCUAAUUACAGCUGCAAGGACAAGUGUACUCUCUACACGUUGGAGAAAUCUGCCUUGGUUGCUGCCUGAGCUCAACAUUGAUGUCAAGGAUUUCCUAUCUAUUCCACACCCAGAUCCAAUUGAGGCAAAUGACAUGCAUGACGCGAUGGUGUCCCUUACCAAUGCAGCCAGGAGCUUCUUUGGUAAACCUCGAAGAGAGUCUACCGUCGCAAACCUGCGGCUUAAGCUCUGCUCGAUCAGUGCGUUCUCAAGCGACAUUGGCCCACUAGUGUGCGAUGCUAUCGACAGUGGCUUGCUGAAAGAUUUGGAUCUUACGAUCUUCAAUGAGACGGAACCGCGCGACUGUAAUGAUCCUCAUAUGCUACGGCUUGCUGACGACACGGAUCGUUUCUUCAAUGCCUACCCUAGUGUGUUCCAUUGCCUCACAAGGCUUUCUCUCCACAAUGUGUGCUUUUACAAGUUGGACAUGCACCAUCUCCUGUUUGACCGUUGCACACAAUUGAUGUAUCUAAGACUCUUUCAUUGUGACGCUGGGCGUGGCUUUCUGUCGAAGAUAGAUGCACCAAACUCAAAACUCCGUGUUCUGGACCUCGACACGUGUUGCUUUGGGAGGCUUGAGCUGGUCUGCCUUCCGAAACUGGAGAAGCUUCAUUGGGAUACUUGGGAAUCUGAAGAUGCACCAUUGUCUUUUGGUUCUGUUCCCUCUCUUGGAGAAUUACACCUUGCAAAUGGGCCCGAACUUGGUCAGAAUGUGAUCAAGUUAAGUGAACUUCUACGUGGCACCACGGGCAUACAUACUCUAACACUGGAUUUUAUGGGAGAAAAUCUUUGGAUGCAACCUGAAAUGAAGCAACUCAGCUCUGCAUUCAGCAAGCUAAGGAUGCUGUCCAUACUUGGUAUCUUUAUUGAAUUCGACCUUAUAUGGACGACAGCCCUUCUUGAGGCAGCCCCCUCUGUUGAAAUAUUACAAAUUCAGGUAUAUGACCAUUUAUGCGAUAUUGGUGGCCAGGUCAGACUGCGGCGCUUCCCUGAAAGAAGGAGCCCUCAGUGGGAGAUGGACUGCCGCGGCUCCAAGAACCUUCUACUAAGAGAGCUCCAAAUUAUUUGUUUUAAGCCGCUAAAGCAGCAGCUGGCAUUCACAAGGGCUAUGCUGGAGCGAGCACCCAAUUUGCAGAAAAUAAUUUUGAGAGAUGAGUCAUGUGAGGCAUGUGAUGACCUUGGGCAGCCGCCGCCUUGUUCUUCUGCAGAGCGUCUUUUCCCAGAGAGCAAGAAUGAGCAGGAAAGGGUGGUCAGGCGAAUUACAGAUGGUGUGAUGUUCUCAGGCCAAGUAAUUUUUGACGAUCGUAAGAAGCUGUAGAUAGAUACCUGCUUUCUGAUGGCUUGUUAUAUUCAGAGGCAAAUUGUUUUCCAUAUUUAAGAAGCUGACGAAAAAAAAUAUAUGAGUGCUCAUUGUAGUUGUAGAUGGCUUGUUAAUUCGUGUUGAACGAAUUAUUAAUAAAUGUAUGCACGAUGCAAGCCAAUCCUCUGCUAUUUUUAUCUCUCUUGAUAAUUUGUGCCCUGUAAGGUGUCUCCUUAGAGACAACAUCAUGCUGGACUUUCUUAUAACUCAAUGAUACUUCUAAUAAUAGGUUCUGGCAGCGCUUUA